ACUAAUUAACGUUAAAUGUAUUUUUUGGUUACCUCUAUGAAAGUGGUCCCAAUGUUUACUUACAAUUAAACAAUAACUUGAUGAAUGUUCUGUUAUAUUAAUACAUUUCAAUUCUUGUUAUUUGACAAAAUAAUAUUUUUCUGUAAUGGGUAAAAUUGAAGUGCUAGAUCACCUGCCAAAAACUGUCCUUGAUGAACAUUCUAAUUGUGACUCACUAACAAAUGCUAGCAUAAUGCUAGAAGCCGCUUUAAGUCAAAUGGAUGAUAUUUUAUCAGGUCCCAUGUUGAGGUCUAGUAGUUCUUGUAGUAAUGAUGUUUUGACAGCUGCUAGAAAUCUGGCGGCAGCUUUAAAUAAUUCAGAAGAAGACCCAGUUACUACUUUGGAACCAGAGGUUACUAGUUCUAUUUCAAAAUGGAUAAACAAUCAGCGUUCUGGUCCUGCGGAGGAACGAAUUCGCAGAUUAGAAGCAGACAAAGAGCAGCUCCGCCUUCAAGUUUGUUCCUUAACGGAGCAAGUAACGAUGCAAAGUGAAAGAGCUGCUGGGCUUGAACGUGCCUUACAGGAUAAACAAAAAUUACUUCAAAGUGCCGAGGAAUCCUUACAAAGGGAAAUGUUAUCCAGAUCAUCAUUAGAAACGCAGAAAUUAGAACUUCUGUCGGCUUUGAGCGAGUUAAAGCUGCACCAAGCAUCUUUAGAACGUGAUAAUAUGGAGUUACGGCGAUUACAGCAGCAAAUAUCAUUCAAUUCAGAUAAUUAUCAAUCAUAUCAACAGAAUAUAGAAGCAGGAAAACCACCUGCCGCUCCAAGAACAUCUACGCCCUCAGGAAGUCCGGCUAAUUUAUCUCCUUUAAACUUAAAUUCAAUACAACCAUCAUCGAUUCCAUACCGCAAUAUAACAACACACGGAAGUUUACCACGGCAUUUCAAUUCAAAUAUGAAUAACCAGCGUCAAAAUAGUCCCGAUGACAACGCAAACCUGGUGACGAACGGCUGCAGUUCGCAAAGAAGAGCUGUGAACUUCGGUAAACCACGACCACUUGUCCAGACAAUACGCGGGUUUUCCGUUCCCAAUUUAGCUGAAGCAGAUCAAAUCAUUGCCCAAGACCUAGAUUUACAAGAAAACAAUAAGAACUCUAAUAACCAGCCAAAAUCUCCGCAAUCGAUUUUACCAUCCCCAUUAGCAACCAGGCAUAACAAAGGAUUAUUGGCUAUUUUUGGGAAAAUGAAACGCUCAUCAAGUGGAACCAUAGACGGUUCACCAGAUAAUGAGGAUAAGGGUACCUUUUCGAGAGGUGGCAUGAGGGCCACAGCUGGCGGCCGACUUGGAUGGUCUGAAAAUAAUGAGGAAAGACCAUGCUAUAACAUACCUUUCAAAGAAUGGGAAAGAGAACGAGUAUUAUCUUGGAUGCGGAGUGAUUUAGGGAUCGAUUUUAUAGAAAAUGAGGCAGCUAAACAAAUUAUUACAAAUGGAUCCAAACUUCUUGAUGCUACACCCACUGAUUUAGAAAAAGCAUUUACAAUAAAAAGUCAUCUUCAUCGCAAGAAAAUAGUUUUAGCUUUGAGUGAUUUGCGAGGUACGAGUGAUGAUGAACAUUUGAAGAAUGCUGGAAAAUGGAAUACUUCUACAGUUUUACGGUGGUUGGACGACGCAGGAUUAACUCAGUAUAAGGAUAUAUUUAUGCAAGCUCAAAUCGAUGGUCGACUUUUGCAUCGUCUCAAUAUGGAUGACAUAGCAGCGCUUCACAUUUCCAAUCUGCUGCAUGUUACUAGUUUACGAAGAGGAAUACAGGUUUUACGUGAGCAUGCAUGGAAUAUGGAUACCAUGAUAAAGCAUUCCAAAGAGAGCGAUCCGGUGCCUAUUACAUCCGAUCAUAUCGCUCGAUGGAGUGUGCACCGUAUUAUGGAAUGGUUGCAACAUAUUGAUUUGUCUGAAUAUGCUACUAAUCUCAAAAAUACAGGUGUACACGGAGCUAUGCUGGUGCACGAACCUCGAUUUUCAAGCGACUUGCUAGCUGAUUUAUUGAGUAUUCCUGCUAACAAAACUUUAUUAAGAAGGCAUUUGGCCACGCAUUUCAAGGAAUUACUUGGUCGAGAUAUUAUGCAAGGCAAACGUGAGGCCGAGUCUACUCUUGGCUUUGUUCCACUCACCCUAACAGCUAAAGUGAAGGUUCCCAAGAAAUCACAGUUCUCUUUAAAACGCCAUAAAAGUCCCACGUUAGAUGAUCUUGGAGAAUUAGUAUGUCCAAUGAAUGAAAAAGUGCCAGGUGAACGAUCUACUCAUAUGCCUAUGAAGAAAAACAAAGCCGGACUGGAUGCAUCUGAAUCAUUAGCAGGAAUCAUUAAUGAAAAAUAAUUUUUUAGUAUUUUUUUGUUCAACUGACUAACUAUUUGAAUAAUCAAAUUGUAUAGCUUUAAGUAUUUUUAAACAUUUUAUAUUUCAGAAUUCGAACGAUACACACCUCUAGCCUUGCCAUAAUGGUGCCUUGAUUGAAAAUAUACAUAUAUUUAUUCAAAUAUCACUAAUUAAAUUUUUAUUCACCUAUUAAUAGGUAAAAUAGUACCUAUUAAUAGCAUAGGUUCUUAUAUAAAAGUAUACGGCAAAUUAUUUUGUUGGAAUUGCAAUAAAUAUUUAAUAUUUUCUGAUGUAAAUUUUUGUAGAUUUUUUA